ACACACACACAUAGUUACACACUCUUUUGUGUUAGCAGCCGCCCAACCAAACCCUAAUUCCUAAUCUCAACCUUCCAGCAGCAGCUGCAGCAAAUAUGGUUUCCGGAAAGAAGACGAAGAAGACGCAUGAAAGCAUCAACAACAGAUUGGCUUUAGUUAUGAAAAGUGGGAAAUAUACUUUGGGCUACAAGACUGUUCUUGAGUCUCUUAGGAGCUCCAAAGGCAAGCUGAUCAUCAUCUCGAACAAUUGCCCACCUUUGAGAAAAUCUGAGAUUGAGUACUAUGCUAUGCUUGCUAAAGUUGGAGUCCAUCACUACAAUGGAAACAAUGUGGAUCUUGGGACAGCGUGUGGAAAGUACUUCCGCGUUUCAUGCCUAAGCAUUAUCGAUGCAGGUGACUCCGACAUCAUCAAGUCUAUCCCUGGUGACAGUUGAACCUGAUGAGCUUUGAAAGUCUUCAAUUUCUCCAGUGUUAAAUUUCUAUUUGUUAUCUUAAACUUGAUGAAUCUGUAGAAGACAUGGAUGUUUUAGCCUUUUGAGCCUCUUGUAGGAUACAAUUGUUCAAUUAAUGAAAUUUUGGUUGUGGUUCUGUUGCUUUUGA